UUUAUUCUGAUCUACUUUGUCCGUUAGGUGUGAUGAAAACAGAGGAGCAUCACUUUGCAGAAGCAUGUGCCAGGCAGUUUCUAGAUGUCGCUAAUCAGUGGGGGAUAGCUGACAAAAUCAGCACUAUUGGAACAGACAGUGCUCCUAAUAUGGUGGCAGCAGGGAGGAUACUGCCAUUCGAACAUUUGCCCUGUGUUGCGCAUGUUGUACAGAGAGCUAUUGUAAUGUCACUUCGGGAAGGUGGUUUUGAUGGUGUACUUGCUAAGUGCCGUAAAGUGGUCGGACAUUUCAAACAUAGUCCGGCCAACACAGACGAGCUGAAUGUCCAGCAAGCCUCCCUUGGACAAGUUCAGGAGACACUCGUGCAAGAUGUUCCAACACGGUGGAAUUCCACCCUCGAGAUGAUCAAACGCCUGAGGCGCAACAGAGACGCACUGCACACAACGCUGUCUCAGCAGAAGCACAAUCUGACCCUCCCAACAGAUGCUGAAUAUGAGAAGUUGGCAAAGCUAGAGAAACUGCUGGAGCCAUGCAGGUACAUCACUGAGCUCCUUGGUGGGGAUAAGUAUGUAUCCUGCUCUGUGGUUCUUCCUGCCCUGUGCCACCUCCAGCACACGAUGAAGAUCUCAGACGAUGAUCCUGACUAUAUUGUGCGAUUCAAGGCUGCCUUUACCAAGGACCUCAACCAGCGGAGGGAGAAAAUAAAUCUGGAAUGGCUUAAGGUGGCGACUGCUCUAGAUCCACGAUUUAAGGACCUCAAGUGCUUGCCCAGAGCAGAGAGGGAGCCAGUGUGGGCAAAGCUAAGUGAGUUGGUGAAGGAAGAAGAACCUGCUUUGCAGCCACUCAGGGAGGAGAACCCUGAGCCACCCAAGAAGAAAACCGCCCUGCUACUGAUAGGAUCAGACUCAGAAUCAGAUGAGGAGACACCAGAAGACAGUACUGUGGAGAGGUACAAGGUAGAGCCCAGUGCCAGUCUAGAUGAGUGUCCACUGAAGUGGUGGUCGGAGCACACUGCUGUCUAUGGUAAGAUGGCCCACAUUGCCCGUAAAUACUUGGGGACUCCUGCCACAACUGUCCCGUGCGAGAGACUUUUUUCUUUAGCAGGCCAUAUUGUGCAGAAGAGGAGAUCUAGUUUGUCACCAGAAAAUGUGAACAAGCUGGUCUGCCUGAGUGACUGGUGGAAAAAGGAGAAAUAGAGCUUGACUGAUUGACACAAAGCUACUGACUGUAAACAGUUCAUCAUGACCUCGUAUGUAGGCCUACUGUUCAAAAUUCAUGUUAAACUGAAUAAACAGUUAGUAAACACAAGUACAUCUUAUUGAACAUGAUUUAUUUUCAUCUUGAGAAACCCAUUCUCAAAGACUUACUUUUAGUCAUUAUUUGGGUAUUACACAUAUUCUGAAUGCCUUUUGCGGAAUUCAAAUGAGUCAUUUUA